AUGGAGUCCAUGGUGAGGGUAAAGAAGUCAAUGAGGACGCCUAUGAGGAAGCUGACCAGCUGUGUGUCAGGGGUGAAGGAGAGGAGGUUGUGUGCUAGCCACAGGAACAAGAGGGGCAGAGGUGGGGGAGGAAGAUGCAACAGGUUGAGGAGGAGGUCCCCUCCUCUGCAAAAAGCUCACUACAAAGACUCGACAGUCACCCGAUCGUACCAGACAGACCUGGAUAAGGAGAGAAGGCUGAGGGAAGAAAUGAAUGCUCAGAAGAAUGCAGAGAGAGCAGCUAUGAGAGCUCACUUCAGGAGUAAAUACAAACUGUCUGAGGACUCCAAGGACAAAAACCACCUGCGGUCUGUUGGAGGGAAAGUUUCCCUCUCCCACAAGCUGUCGAAGAUAAUUCACCCUGAAACCAAAACCAAGGACAACAGCUUCAACCUGCUGAAGGCUUUUCAAGGCCUCAGCUUGAGCAAAGCAUCGCUCACAGGGAGGAAACACAGCAAGACCUCCACUCCUACACCUGCGGUUGGGGAUGCUUGUAAAGUCAUGUGAUCAAUACUCGAUCACAAGGAUGAACAGUAUGUCGCCUUCUGAAGGUCGUGACUGCUGCUACAUCACGAGCUGUGCUCACAUCCACAUCCACAUUCAGUCCAGUUGCGCACAAUGAGACCAUGUUAUUAUGACAUUCUGUUUGUUUUUAUUCAUUGUUUUUUAUGUAGCAAUAAUAAUAUUUGAAUCCUUGUAAUUGUAUUACCUGUAUACUAUUUUAAGAUGGUUGAUCUAACCUUUAAAUGUGAUUCAUUCUCUGAAGAAUAACUUUGUUAAUAAACAAGUCAGUGAAAGUGA